GACCCCAAGAUGAUGUGGUCCAUCCACAUUGCCAAAAUGCAGAGUGACCGUGAGUACAAGAAAGAAUUUGAGAAAUACAAGACAAGGUUCAGCAGCCCCGUGGACAUGCUGGGUAUUGUUUUGGCCAAGAAGUGCCAGACCUUGGUCAGUGAUGUGGACUAUAAACACCUUCUGCAUGAGUGGACCUGUCUCCCUGACCAGAACGAUGUCAUUCAGGCACGAAAAGCCUACGACCUCCAGAGCGAUAACUUGUAUAAGUCAGACCUUGAAUGGAUGAAAGGCAUUGGCUGGGUUCCAAUUGGUUCCCUGGAAGUCCUUAAAGCCAAGAGAGCCACAGAGAUACUGAGUGAUAACAUUUACCGCCAGCGUCCAGACGCACUAAAAUUUACCAGUGUCACCGACUCUCUGGAGCAGGUGUUGGCAAAGAAUAACGCACUGAACAUGAAUAAGCGCUUAUAUAUUGAAGCCUGGGAAAAUGACAAGAAAACAAUCCAUGUCAUGCCUGACACACCAGAAAUCAUGCUAGCCAAACUCAACCGAAUAAACUACAGUGAUAAACUUUAUAAACUUGCUCUGGAAGAGUCCAAGAAGGAGGGCUAUGACUUGCGUGUUGAUGCUAUUCCAAUUCAAGCUGCCAAGGCUUCUAGAGACAUUGCCAGCGAUUACAAGUACAAGGAAGGUUACCGCAAACAGCUUGGCCACCACAUUGGUGCACGAAACAUUAAGGAUGACCCCAAGAUGAUGUGGUCCAUCCAUGUGGCCAAGAUCCAGAGUGACAGGGAAUACAAGAAGGACUUCGAGAAGUGGAAGACCAAGUUCAGCAGCCCAGUGGACAUGCUGGGCGUGGUGCUGGCCAAGAAGUGCCAGAUCCUCGUGAGCGACAUAGACUAUAAGCACCCUCUCCAUGAGUGGACAUGCCUGCCAGAUCAGAACGAUGUCAUUCAGGCUCGGAAGGCCUAUGACCUGCAAAGCGAUGCUAUUUACAAGGCUGACCUGGAGUGGCUGAGAGGCAUCGGGUGGGUUCCCAUCGGCUCUGUGGAGGUUGAGAAGGUCAAGAGAGCUGGAGAAAUCCUGAGUGACAGGAAGUACCGCCAGCCAGCAGACCAGCUCAAAUUCACAUGCAUUACAGACACCCCGGAAAUUGUCCUGGCAAAGAGCAAUGCCCUCACAAUGAGCAAGCAUUUGUACACGGAAGCUUGGGAUGCUGACAAGACCUCCAUCCACGUGAUGCCAGACACCCCAGAAAUCCUGCUGGCCAAGAGCAAUUCUGCCAAUAUUAGCCAAAAACUUUAUACUAAGGGAUGGGAUGAAUCUAAGAUGAAGGACUAUGACCUGAGACAAGAUGCCAUUUCCAUCAAAAGUGCCAAGGCCUCCAGGGACAUCGCCAGUGAUCUCCUUGAGGGCGAUGUGGUCAGGGCAGAGGCAGAAGGCACCACCUCAACCUGA